CCGUCACCGAUUUUUCGUAUCCACAUCCUCCCUGGCGAACUCGAUUCCCUGUUUACUCCAGAUGUACGCUUCAACGUCAAACUACAAUCCGCCGGCGGAUAGACCAAGGAGCAGUCAUGAGAGACACUACGAGCUCCGAAUUUUGCAGCAGCCUGUUCGGGCCAGAAUGUGUGGUUUUGGUGAUAAGGACCGGAGGUUAUUGACUCCACCCGUUAUUGUCGAGUUACUGGUGUAUGAUUCACAUACGGGUAUGCAUAUCAAUGCCGAUGAAGUGGACACAUCGUUCUUUGUUCUGAACGCAGACCUCUGGGACUCACGCGGUACUAAUGAGCUGAACAUUGUCAUGCACCCCGUUUUCUGUAAUCCGGAGUCUACGGCCAACUAUCAAUCAUCGCGUGAAGAUCAAGCACCAGUUCCGGGACCCUCCUCAAAAUCAGCUAUAUCCAACAUAAUUCAUCCCGGUGGAACCAGUUCAGGUGCAACUCCCCCAUACUAUCCACGUCCUGCACUAGACAGUUCUGCCAGACCAAACGGAGAAAUGGCUUAUACUCGCAACCUCAUUGGCGCGCUGGCCCAAAGCGCAUCCAAGCUCAAAGGGAUGGAUGGACAGCCUGGCAUAUUUUUCAUAUUUCAUGAUCUUUCCGUUCGUACAGAGGGGAUAUUUUGUCUCAGGUUCACGUUUGUUGUCCUAGGAAAUCAUAUUCACAAUAACGACCAACCAACCGAUACCUUGGCAACAACCUUCAGCGAGCCUUUCCAAUGCCCGGAGGGCGAGGUAUGCUCAAAAUCUCAGUUCUUUUUCUGA